ACCUCCUGCCCAGCCUUUCGCUUUCGCCGCCUCCACUCGCCGUCCAGGUGGCCCCCGCGAUCCCCUGUCGCGCUGGGGUCUGGCCGCCGCAUUCCCAGACCUGGUCCCCGGAGCACUGUGUCCCCGAUGGCCGGCGACCAAUGGCGGAGGGACGAAGGGAGGGUCCCCGACAGCAGGCGACUCAUGGCGGGGGCCCCCUGCGUCUCCGCGACUGGCUGGUGGCGCAGAUCGAGAGCGGGCGCUACGCUGGGCUGCGCUGGGAGGACGCGGGCAAGACCCUCUUCCGCAUCCCCUGGAAGCACGCAGCCAAGCAGGGCUACCAGGCGCAGCAGGACGCGGCGCUCUUCAGGGCCUGGGCCAUAUACAAGGGCAAGCACCUAGAGGGCGUUGACAAGGAGGACCCCUCCACCUGGAAGACGCGGCUCCGCUGUGCCCUCAACAACAGCGCUGACUUCUGUGAGGUGCGCUCGCUCAACCAGCUGGACAUCUCCAACCCCUACAAGGUCUACCGGCUCCUGUCUGCUGGUGCCCACAACCCAGGUACCAUCCUGUCCCUGGAGGUAGCAGCUGAGGAUGGCUCUCUGGGCAAUAAGGACCUCACAUUGCCCAUCUGUAAAAUGGGAAAUGGGCUUAUUGACUGGGUUACUCUGGUCUGGGCUCACCUCAGACAAGGUUGGGGGGUUCCCCUUGGGGCCCAGGAAACCACAGACUAUUUCUUACUUCAUCCAGUUACCAGGGCUUGUGCCCCCUGUAAAGAGGAGGGCAUUCUUCAUAGCCAGCAGUUGCCCCCUGGAGAAGUGACAGAGCCGGCCUGCAAGACAGAAGAGCAGGUUGGCUCCAGAUUAGACACAGAGGAUAAAGACAAGAAGCAGCCCCCCAGGCUGGCCUCCCUGCCCCCAGGCCCUUUGGCUGGCCACAGGUACCAGGCUCAGGAUCCUGCUCACCCCUGGGGCCCCUUGCCUUCUGAGGACUUCAGCAACCCCGAUUUUUGGCUGCACGUGCGACUCUUCUAUGGCGCGGAGCUGGUGCGCGAAGCCACAGCGCGCGCGGCCGAGGGCUGCAGCCUGAGUCCGCGCGCAGCCGCCGCUGCCGCCGAGCUCCUGCUGGGGUCGCCGCCGCGCGUCGCGCAGGUUCGUUUCCCGGAGCCGCCGCCCAGCGCCCGCGUCCUGCGGCGCCUGCUGCCCCACCUGGAGCGCGGAGUGCUGCUCUGGGUGGCGCCCGAGGGCGUCUUCGCCAAGCGCCUGUGCCAGGGCCGUGUGUACUGGCGCGGCCCGCUCGCCCCGCACCGCGCGCGGCCCAACAAACUGGAGCGAGAGCGCACCUGCCAGCUCCUCGACACGCGCAGCUUCCUCGCGGAACUGAGAGCCCACCUGCAUCAUGGUCGCCAGGAGCCCGAGUACCAGAUCCGGCUGUGCUUUGGCGAGGAGUACCCGGGGCCCCCGGACCAGCCUGAGGAGCGUCUCAUUAUGGCCCAUGUGGAGCCAGUCUUCGCGCGGGAGCUCCUCCUACACUCGAAGCUCCACGGCCAGGUGCCUCGGUGGCGCGUUCCCAGCCCCGCAUCCCCGACAGCGUCACUCACCUGCUGACACAGCUGAGUCAGCCCUGAGCGGUUGUUUCCCCCUCCCGUACCCUCUACAGCAGUCCCCACAGGGUGCAGAUCCCACCCCAGCCCUGCCCUAGCUGAGCCAGGGGACUUUAAGUCUCGCCUCACUCAUCGCCCAGGUAGGUUGAGACAGCGGAAGCCAGUCACGGCCUUCAACCUCUCAGCCAAUGAGAUGGAGCCCCGGGAACCCAGGAAGGAGGCGCGUAAGCGGACAGCCGGGCAGCUGGGCCUGGGGCGUCAGGCUUGGGAGCUAAACUCGACCUUGAGGUUCCAGAAAUAGCAAUUAGGUCAGAAACAAGACUUCAUCUUUUUGUGAAGAGCCGGACAAGCCCAUAGCGGUUUACCUAAAGCAGACCUUACCUGCAAUUGAUCCAUUAUAAGGUUUGCUUAAAGCUGAGUUUACUGGGAGUUCCCUGGUGGUUAGGACUCUGUGCUUCCACUGCUGGGGGCCCAGGUUCGAGGGAUCCCUCGUGGGGGAACUAAGAUCCCACAAGCCGCCAGGUGCAGCCAAAAAGAAAAGGGGCUGAGUUUACCAAUAAGAUCCUCCGCAUAGAUUAGACUGAAGCCCAACCAGUAACAGAAUUGCCCCACCUCUGAGGGGCUAUGAGUUUCCAGACCCUCCUUUCACCUGCCACAAGUCUCUCUUCUUUUGGGGUGGGUGGGGAUUGUGAGGGGAGGGGGUCCCAAAACAGAGGACUUAGCCUGAACCUGGGGCUUUAAAUGCUAACCACUGAACCACCGCCAGCAGAUACUGUCUUUGGAGAAACUGAGGCAGGCCUAGGACAGAAGCCAAAGUGGGAGCCAGGAGUCCAGCCCCUGCCCAAGCCCCCCCAAUCUUUGCAAACUGUAAGUUGUAGGGAGUCCUUGAGAAUUGGGAGGGAGCCCUCUCCACCAUGAAGGCAGUGACCCUGCCUUGUCAGUAAAGUCACUGUUUUCUACCCCAGAUAUCAGACCUUUUACCUUUUCUGAUUUCUGACUUUAUUUAUAGGAAUUCUCUUACAGAUGGCAACAUAAUAAAUCUUUUAGUGGUACACUAAUAAGCCACUUUUAUGGGGGGAAACCUGUAUGAUUCAAUAAAGGGCAGAAUCAGUCUUAAAAUUCA